GUAAUGGAGUCACUUCUGUCCAGUCAAACGGUGAAAGAGAGGGAUCACCACAUCAACAGAAUGAAGCUAGAGACACUAGUUUUUCAAAGAGAGAGAAGGAAAUACUGAAACCAAUUAGUAAUGGCCUUCCUCCCACGCCUAAAGUACAUAUGGGUGCUUGCUUUUCAAAGGUUUUCAACGGCUGUCCCUUAAAAAUUCAUUGUGCAACAUCAUGGAUAAAUCCAGAUACAAGAGAUCAGUACUUGAUAUUUGGUGCAGAGGAAGGUAUUUACACACUGAACCUCAAUGAACUUCAUGAAACAUCAAUGGAGCAGCUAUUUCCUCGACGGUGUACGUGGUUGUAUGUCAUGAAUAAUUGUUUGUUAUCCAUAUCUGGUAAAGCUUCUCAGCUUUAUUCCCAUAACUUACCAGGACUCUUUGAUUAUGCAAGGCAAAUGCAAAAGUUACCUGUUGCUAUUCCAGCACACAAACUCCCUGACAGAAUACUUCCCAGGAAGUUUGCAGUGUCUACAAAAAUUCCUGACACUAAGUGGUGUCAGAAGUGUUGUGUUGUGAGGAAUCCUUACACGGGUCACAAGUACCUUUGUGGAGCACUGCAGUCUAGCAUCGUUUUGUUAGAAUGGGUCGAACCAAUGCAAAAAUUUAUGCUCAUCAAGCACAUCGAUUUUCCUGUACCUUGUCCGCUGAGGUUGUUUGAAAUGCUGGUAGUCCCCGAGCAGGAGUUCCCUUUAGUUUGUGUUGGUGUCAGUAGAGGGAGAGACUUCAACCAAGUGGUGAAGUUUGAGACUGUCAACCCAAAUUCUACCUCCUCAUGGUUUACAGAAACAGACACUACAGAGACAAGUGUUGUACAUGUAACACAGCUGGAGAGAGACACCAUUUUGGUGUGUUUGGAUUGCUGCAUAAAAAUAGUGAACCUACAAGGCAGGUUAAAAUCCAGCCGAAAGCUGUCAUCGGAGCUCACGUUUGAUUUCCAGAUUGAAUCGAUAGUCUGUCUGCAAGACAGUGUGUUGGCCUUUUGGAAACAUGGAAUGCAGGGAAGGAGUUUCAGAUCUAAUGAGAUCACGCAAGAAAUUUCUGAUAAUACAAGGAUAUUCAGGCUUCUGGGAUCUGACAGGGUUGUGGUGCUGGAGAGUAGGCCGACGGACAACCCAACCGCCAACAGCAAUUUAUAUAUCCUGGCAGGGCACGAGAACAGUUACUGAGACCAGUGCACGGCGACUCACCGUGACAAGAGAACACUCCUGCUGCAGAGCUCGGGGCAGGCUGAAAAUGCACAAAAGCUGCAGCAACCUGACUUCAGUUACUUAAUAAUUUAUUGUGGCAUGAGAAGAUGAUGAGAAUUGUUUGUGGUAUGGACACAUUAGCAUUAAGAUACCACAGAAGUGCUUAAUUUACUGUUAUGUAAUCUUUGUACAUAGGCAGUAUUCUUCAGCAAAACUUCUUGCUGAAGACCUACAGUGACCUUAUGUAGAUAGUGGUCCUCCUGUUGAGUACAAGUGUCUUACCUGUACAGAUGUAAAAGUCACUGAGGAUGAUAAAAUGAAAUUGGGGUACUAUUUUAAGGACUUCUUGUGUUUAUUAUAAAGUGGGAUGCUAGCAACAAAUAUAGUACAUUUAACAACACUAUUGUAUUUUAUUAUAUGUAAUUUACUAAUACAAAUAAAUCUUAACUUUUAGAAAUUGUAACCAAGGAUGUAAUUGGAUUACAAUUUUGUUUUUAAUUUUGAUGCAACACACUGGUGUUCAUGUUUGCACAAUGUAUUGAGAUGUGAUGUAUUUAGUCACAAAGGUAAGCUGUGACUUUGUGGAUAUGACUUGGGCUUCAGAUUUCCUUCUUUUUGGUUUACUUGAGUAGUUUUCUUUGUGAGACAAAAGAGUUAAACACCUGUAUUUUUAUAUUUA